AUGCGCUGCGCGCCACCCGCAGGUUCGUGCUCCCCAGACGGCGCCAAAGCAAUGAGCCUCGGCCGGCCCCGGCCCCAGCUAUUUAGCUGGGCGUCCGGGCCCCGCCCCACACCUGGUGAACCAAUAACAGUGCCCAGAACCUCCCGAGUGACAGACGCUGCCCGCCCCGGGGCCACUCGGCUGGCCAAUCAGACCAAGGCGGUUCCUUUGUGCUAUUCAAAUACCGAACGGACCCCGGGCCUCCAACGCCGUCGCUGCCUCGAAUGUUCUCCUGGGGCCGCCGCGCAGCGCGGGACUCGGAGCCGCUGGGGCCGCUGUCUGCGACGUGGGUCGCCUCGCAGCCGCCACGUUGGAACCCGCAGCCGACCUCGGCCUAGUUCCUGGGAGCCGGGGGUCGGCUCACCUGCGUGCUGCGGCGACGACUCCUCCCCCUUCCGCACGGCUGGGCCUCACCUGCGGCAGAGAUAUGUCCAGAACCCUGCUCUGGAAUCGCUGCAAAUGGAUCGGGGACAAGAUGUGAUCCUGCCCUCAGGAGGCCACGAUUCAGAGGGAAGCAGACAGAUAAGCAGACAAGAUGAUACCGAGCUACGAGGAGGCCGAGGCCCCGAGAGGUGAACUGACUGGAAUCUAGGCUGAUUUGUCUCUUUGAACCCUGACACCGGGGGAAGCAGACGGCAGGAAGAAGGCGGCUUCCAGGACUGAGAGCUGAGGCUGGUGAACAACCUCGUGAACUUGUGAAACGUUGAUGCUGUUCUUGUCCAUCUUUUCAGCCUAAUUUCCUUGGUUUUCAAGGCUCAGGGUUGGGGAGGGUGGUUUGCCCCAGCACUGCUGCUGUAGGGACAGCGAUGGCCCCAGCGUGGAGCCUCAUCUCCCUUUGUGCUGCCUCCUUGUGGCAGGGGCUCUCUUCAGGGCCUGGUUUCCUCCUUGGCAGUGAGGACGUCUUUAGUCCCAUUCAUUUCUCAUUCAUUAGAAAAAGGAAUGGGAGUUCCCACUGUGGCUCAGAGGGUUAAGAA